UUAUUCAAAAUGCCACGUUGUUAUAUGGUGAAGAAAGCAUUAUGCAACAAGUAUAUAAACAGCGUCGCCAGAGGAUUUGAGAAUCGGCCUCGAGGAAGAAGCACACCGUCCCCAACAAAUGUCUCUCCCUUGGAAGACAAUCCUUAUCCUGUUACAAAUCAAGAAGCGUCAUUAUCAGAGGAGAAAGAUGAAUUGACAGCCUCCGAUGAAAGAUCUCCAUCGAUUCGACUACAGAGAAUUCAGAACGUGAAGGAAGAUGCAAUUGAGGAUUCUGUGGAAAAAUCACCAAAAAGGCGUCAUCAAAAAAUUCAAGAAGAAUGUAGAACGAAUGAUGAACGAAUUGAAAAUUCCAUUGAUAAAUCGCCAAAAAAACGUUUCCAGAGAGUACAAGAUGUUAUUGAAAAUGUCAUCGAUCAAUGUAAUCCACCAAAAAUUACAACGGGUAAAACAACUGUUAUUUCCUGCAUUGGAAAUGUACUACAACCGACAUUAUCAUCAACAUCAUCAAAAAAUUACGAAGAAAUCAGGCCAGAAUUUACCAAAUUAUCAAAAUUCAAUGAAGAUUCUCUUAGAUUAUCUUCCUUAUCUACUUCUUCCUCUUCUUCUUCUUCAAUUGAAGGUUACAAUACUCGACUCGAAAUUCUCUCACCAUACAAAACAUCCUCCACCGAACGUUUUCGAUCGAGUUUCGAUUCUUCACGCUCGGUUAUAAUCUCGAAGGAUUAUCAAAAUCAAACGGAACACUUUGUCAAUAAUAGAUCAUCGGAAAUUGUGGAGAAAAAAAUUAUUGAUAAAACGGAAUUUUCAACAGGUGUCAUUAGAGAAAGAUCAUCAGUAAUUGAAACGGAAUUGGGAGUAAUUAGAGAUCGAUCAUUAACGGAAGCGGAAGUUAAUGGAGGAUUUUUUAGAGAGAGAUCAUUGGCUGGAGAAAUUGCUACAGGCCUAUUUAGAGAUAGAUCGGCAGCAGAGACGGAAGCUGCUCACGAUUUAUUGGAAUUGUCAAGAUCAUUGCCACCAUUGCCACAGCCGAGUGUUGCAAUUGGUCCACAAAAUGUCAUUGAUUCACCCUCAACUGACGUUCAGGAGAUGACGGUGUAUCAACCUACCGAGCAACCUGUCUAUCAAGUAAACACAAUUCUUGCCAGUGAUUUAAACACUGGUAUUUAUCAUCAUCAUCAUCAUCAGCAGCAACAAAUUCAACAUCAUCAAACUGGAAUUAUUUACGAGCCAGCAACAAAUGCAACAAUUAUUCAACAAACAUCCGGAGGUGUUUUUAUACCACUAUCACCUGUUCAGGAGAUUUUAUUCACGUACAGCACUCCAUCGGUGCCAACGUCAAUUAUCACUCAGCAAACAAUUGAGACGGUUCCACCAUUAACGCCACCGACUUCCGAAUGCAGUAGCGAUAUCGAGAACAAUAAUCCAAAUUCACAACCAAGUCAACGUGACAAGGAGGUACAAACAAUCACCGAACAAUCGGAGGUGAAAGUUGCCGCCUACACCUAUGAUACUUUACUCGUUGCUGAUGGUAGAUCAAAAAAUAAAAAGAUACCCUCACAACAACAGCAACAGCAACAACAAAAAGAUGAUGUCGAGACUGAACCUGUUGACAGUCUUGAAUCGCCCAAGGGUGGACGUUAUAUUUGCUGCGAAUGCGGCAAACAAUAUGCGACAUCAUCGAAUUUAUCAAGACACAAACAAACACAUCGAAGUAUUGAUUCGCAAUCAGCGAAAAAAUGUAUUUAUUGUGGCAAGGCAUACGUGAGUAUGCCAGCGUUGGCAAUGCAUGUAUUAACACACAAAUUAACACACAGUUGUGGUGUAUGCGGGAAAAUGUUCUCCCGACCAUGGUUACUUCAGGGACAUUUGCGUAGUCACACUGGGGAAAAACCAUAUGGUUGUGCUCAUUGCGGUAAGGCAUUUGCCGAUCGUUCAAAUUUACGUGCACACAUGCAAACGCAUUCGGCUGAUAAAAAUUAUGAAUGCCCACGAUGUCGUAAAUCAUUUGCGCUAAAAUCAUAUUUAAAUAAACAUCUUGAGUCCGCAUGCCAAAAGGAAAAUGGUGAUUUGGAUGAUAUUGAAGUUUCGUCCACGUAAAACAACGAUUUAUAAGACUAUGAAAUGCUGUUGAAAUUGUACCAAUAGAUUUCCAUCGACGAAUAUUUAUAAUAUUCAAAACAUGGGAAAUCCUAUAAAUCACAUAAGAAAAAUUCAAUAGAGAUAAGCAACGAUCAAAAAAAAAAAAAAGAAAAGGAAAUUUAUCGUAAACGUUCGAGGACCAGGAAAGCAAAUACAAAAGUGCGUGUCGUACUUUAUAUUUCGUUCAAUCUAUAUGUUCAUCAAGGAAAUUCACAUUAACAGAGGAACCUCAUGUAAUAUUCUUUUUCUAUAUUUCCGUUAUUUUUUUUCUGUACCCCCGUUUUUAAAACUCGCCAUAAAAUUGUUCCAUUUUAUUUUCUAUAAUGAAAAAAAAAAUUGAAAUUCACAUUGUAACGCAGUUUUAUUGUCAUAAAAAAAACUGUACUACAAGAUCAUAAAAAAAUGGUGACUUUAAACUCGCUCGCGAUUUUACGAUCUCGAGUACAGACAUUUUAAGGCAAAAAAAAACGAGAAAAAUCAUUUUUAAGCGUUAUACAUUAAUAUUCUCAUCAUGGAUAAAAUUGUAUUUGAUAAGAUUGUAAAAUUUCUUGUGAGAAAAUCAUUGGCACAAAAACAUUUUUCAAACAAUUUUUUUUUCUAUUUAGAAACGAGUAGAAAAAAUUCAUUUUUCUAAUGAAACAAUUUUUUUUUCAUUAUUUUUAAGUACAUGAAAUAUAGUGAGCAAAUGGGACAAGAAAAAAAAAUCCUAUAAAAUAGAAAAAAAAUUCAGAAAAAAAUGUUGUUGAAAAUAUUUUUGUGCCCGGAAAUGUUUUUGGUAAUAGUUGCGUCCUAUCCUCGUGUAGAUUUAUAUUUUCUACCAAAAAAAGAAAAAAACGAUACUCAAGUAUUACCCAGUACCUUUUUGAGCCAAAAUAUAAUAAUGGUUCUUGCCGAGAACGAGACAUCGAAUUUUCACUAAAUAAAAAAUCUUUUUUAAUCCGUCGUCACUUGACACAAAACUUUGACAGCGUCAAUUCCAUUUAAACAUGGACUUAAAAAAAAAUUGAAAGAUUUGAAAGGAAAAAAAAUCGUUCCUUUAUUUCUAGAAAAAGGAUAGCAUGGAGAAAAUUAUUUUUAAUAUCGACUAAGAUAUCUAAAAAUGCAUAUCCCAUUCUUUAUAUAUGAAUUUAAGUAGACUGUCCCUAAAUAAUAAUAAAAAUAAUAAUAAUAAUAAUAAUAAUACUAUAAUACUAAUACUAAUAAUAAUAAUAUUAAUAUGUAGUAUUAGUAGAGCAUUUGAAAUUUCAAUUUUUUCUAAAGAAAAAAAAUUCGAAAUAUUAUUUUUAUAUCUUACUUGUCUAUUUGUAAAAAGUUACUUGCAAAUAAGAAAAAAAUUAAUUAAAAAUUUUUUAAAUAACAUCCCCUAUUUAAUGUUAGAAUGUUUAUAUAAAAAAAGCAAAAAAAAAAAAAAAAUAAUGAAACUUCAAAAAUUGUAGAUAUUUUUUGUCUUUGAGUAUAAAAAAUUCGAAAAUAUAAAAAAAAUUAAACUUUUAUUGAAAUUUUUUUUAUUUUAGGGGAUGUACAACUUUUUUAUUAUAAUAAAAAAAUGAAAAAUAAUGUAUUAUUUGUAAUAAUAAAUCGAUGCAGGCAAUUUUUUCCAAUUAGUUACAUUUGCAAAUUCUUAAUAUAAUUUUUAUGUUGAUUUUAAAAAUGUUAUUUAUAAUGUUAUUUAACAAAAAUUUGUUUUCUUUUUUUUACUUUAAAAUUAUUGUCAGUAAGCAAAAAAUGAAGUAUGUUCAAACGCUUUUCAUCAAACCUCGCAGGGUAGUCAUAGAUUUAAAAAAUAUUUAUCAAUCGAGGCAUAAAAUUAGAUGACAUACAAGUGUAAAUGGAUUAAAUAGAUUAAACAAUCAUGUACCAAAUUAUGUGAAUUCUUUGUCAAAAUUUUACCGUCUUAUAUUUUUUUCAUUUUUAUUUCAUUUUCCAAAAUGCAAAAAUUAAAUGUAGAAAAUAAUUUCUCAAUUCAAAACUUAAACUAUAUUUAAACAUCAAAGAUUUCCGAAAAUUAGUUUUAAAAAAUUACCUGACAAUUAAUUCUUACAAUAAUAUAAUUAUAAUAAAUACACGAAAGAAAUUAAUUUAAAAAAAGCAAAGAAUACACAAAAUUUGGAUUUUUUUUUAGAAUUUCUAUAGAAAUGUUUUGUAGGCGUUACAUUGAAUAUGAAGAUUGUCCAAAUAACGUCAAUGGGACAUUUCGUGUGUCCUGAAAAAUAGCUCAACAUUAGACAUUCAAAUAAUAAUUAAUUACCUCAUUCAAUAUAUUUGAAAAUAAUAAUUUCAUUGUAGGCCGUUAAUUUAAUUUUAUAAUUUUUGCUUUCUUUUUUUAUUUUGCUUUGAUAAUUAUUUUAAUCUAUUAUAAUUUGUUGCCUCUUUAAAAAGAAAAUUAUAAUUUUAAAUAAUUUCCUUUUAUUAAAAAAAAUAUAUUUAUCUCAUCGUUUCUAGUCAAAACUAAGUCAAGAUGAAUUUAAUUUUAAUUUUUUCAGUUAUAUUUGGCAAAGGUAUUUAAAUAAAAAUAGUGAGAAUAUAUAGUGAUAUACGUGAGUUUACUAUAGUCAAAGGAAGACAGUGCAUUUAUUAUCAAUGAAUAAUAUUUGUUUUGUAAAAUUAAUUUUUUUUAUUUAAAAAAAUUGUUAAAAUGUAGUUAAAAUACCUUAAAACGUCCUAAUACAUCGACGAUUUUGAACAAUUUAUCAAGAAUAAAAAUUUUCACUUCUCUACUAAUUAAAAUAUUUGGAAAAAAUAAUCGAAACAAGUAGAGAAGAAUUUUUUUUAGUGAAUAUAAUUUUAUUAUUUUCUUUUUAUAAAAUCAAGUAUAAUAUCGAGUCUAUAGUUUUUCAGUCGUUAUUCAGACUGACAGCAAACUGGUAUUAGACUCAAUAAAUAAUAAUCAAUUUUGCCCUUAAAUUAUUUAUAGAAAACAAUACUCUACAGUCAAUCGAAUAAGUACACAUAUAAAUAUAUUAUACAAAAACCUUAUAACUGUAGUCAAUAGCAGAAAAUAAUAAUAAUAAUAAUACUAAUAAAUUUGGAACGUUUCCUGAUUCUGAAAUAAUCUGCGGUGAAAAAUCCUCGAAUUUUUCACAAAUCAUGAAACAAAAAAAAUGUGAACUGAGACUGACGGCGUGUAGAAUAAUAAAUAAAAAAUUGUUUUUUAUGCAGUGUAUCGCGAUGCCUUUAGACAAUUGAAUUGGAUACGAAUAAGUGAUUAUGUGUUAUUUUAGAUUCUGGAAACGAGCAAAAAAAAAAAUGCAAUUCUUGCAAACAUUAAAAUUAAAAUUCGAUUUUAGCCAAUUUAAAAUUUUUCCAGUUCAAUCUUAACUUGUUGAAAGAAAAUUCAAAUUUUAGGGGUUUCUUAUAAAUCGAAGAAGAAAUGUCCUUUUAUUCGAAUAUUCGAAAUGGAAAAACUUUUUGUAAUCAGAAAUUGUAAUAAUUUAAAAAAUUUUCAAAAUGAAGUUUUUUAUAUUUCAUAUAUAAUAUUAGUGAUACAUUUUGUCGACGAAUUUGUUUCCCUAUUAUAUUAGAACUUAGAGUUAAAAAAAAAGAACUAAUUAGAAAUGAAGAGAAAAAUUGUAAAGUAGUUACACGUGCAAAGUUUUCCAAAUUUGCAGAACUGAUAUUUUUUAUUUUUAAAAAAAGGUGUUUUGCGACAAAAUGUAAUUUUAGAUCUGCUAUAUUGUAUUUACCUUGAAAUGGGCAAUUGAUACUAUUAUAUUUUUUAAACACGCAGAUUUAUUUAAGCUUACGUUCCCGCCAUCACAUUUCAUUUGACUUUCAAAGAAUAUAAUAAUUCAAAGAUUUUCUUUUUAACAUUUAAUUAUAAUUUAUUAUCUUGUUAUUAUAGUAAAUAAUUAUAUUGUGGUAUUAUUAAUUACAAUUUUAUCUAUUCAAAGAUAAUUAAUUAUAAUUAAUUAUAUAACUAUAAGUUUAAUUGUUUUAUAUAAUUAAAAUACUUAAAGCAAACUGACUAAACAAUUUUUUUUAAUCUCAAGCGAAAGAAAAAUAUUUUUAAAAAAGAAAAACAAAAUGAAAAUAAAUCGCGGGAGCGAAAUGCUUUUACAAAAAUUUUUUUUGAAAAAACUCAUAUACAUAUAUAUAUAAAUAAAUAAGUGCAUAGAAUUUAGAUUAGUGUGAUACACAAGGUACGACAAAGCAAUAAUUUAGUGAUUGUAUAAUACUUCAUUAGCGAUUAGUAUACUACAUAAGUUUAUGGUAAUUUUGAAACCUAUAAUAUAUUUAAUCAAUAAAUCAAUAUAGUUUUGUAGAAGUUGCAAAAGGAAAAAAAAUGCGUUUUCCAUUUUCAAAGAAAAAUAAAAAAAAUUACUUGAAAUUCAUCAAUAAGCGUAGAAAUGGAAUUGGAAGCGUCACGAUAAAAUUGUGACAAUUUUUUAAAAAAUAAGAUAUAAAUCUAAUUUUACAAAGAAAAAAUUUCCAAUUAUGUAAAUCAAUUUUUUGUACACACGCUUCAAACAAAUUUUUUAUAAAUUCAAAUUUUUCUUUUAAAAAUAAUUAAACAGAAUAAUUUAUUAUUGACAAAUUUCUAAAUUUUACAGAAAAAAAGUUUUUUAUAUUUGAUUUGAUAGAUUAGAAGAAAAAUUUAAUUUUUUAAAAUUGAAUAUAUUUUUUGCAUUUAUUGUCAAUCUUUUUGGCAUUCUAUAUAGGAUAAUGGAAUUUUGAAAAUAUAAUGCCAACAUGUUGAAAAUAUUUGCAAAAUUUUAUUUUUUUAUAUUAAUUAAUAAAAAUGUUUUUUGUGGAAGAAGAAUUAAAUUAAGAAACAAAGGUGUUUUCUUUUUUUUCAAUUAUUGCACAGCGAGUGAAAUAUCACUUUAAAAUACGAACAAUGGAACAAACUCAAAAUUUAUAUUUAAAAAAAAUAUAUAUAUAACCCCGACCACGUAGUUAACACGUGUUUUUCAAUUUUAUUACGAGUAUCUGUGUACGGGACAGUAGCGCAGAAUAAACAAAUGUUCUGAA